AUGAUAGUACAACUGUCUCGGUCUUCCUGCCUGCAGGAGCCACAAAUCUGUGAAGAAAGGGUUGAGCUUUGCGAAUCUGUCUGCGAGUUGCGUGGGGCUAGCGUUGGUGGAUCCAUGUGGCCGGAGAGCCCGCCUCUCCGGGACGCCGGCGCUGCCGUGCUCACCGGAUGCGUCGCCAUGGCGGUGCUCCGCUUCUGGGAGGAGGUCGGCAACCGCGCCCUCUUGGACCAAAAACUCUGCAGGAAGCUGGUGCACAUCAGUGUUGGGCUGGUAUAUUUCCUGAUGUGGCCUUUGUUCAGUGCAGAUGAUGUCUAUGCUCCAUUUCUUGCUUCAAUUGUCAUUGCGCUCAAUAUCAUAAAGGUAAUCUUGAUUGGAUCUGGUGUAGUUAAAGAUGACGGCGUGGUUAACUCGAUGACAAGAAAUGGAGACUACAGAGAGCUUCUCAAAGGCCCACUCUAUUACGCGUGUACUAUAACCCUCACUACCGUAAUCUUUUGGAGGACGUCUCCCAUUUCGAUUGCUGUGAUUUGCAACUUGUGCGCGGGGGACGGUGUGGCUGACAUAGCCGGGAGGCGGUUCGGGCAUGUGAAGCUCCCUCACAACCCCGACAAAUCCUAUGCCGGAAGCAUCGCAAUGUUCUUCGCCGGCUUCGUCGCAUCGAUCCUUUUCAUGUGCUACUUCCACCUUUUCGGAUUCGUGGAGCAGAGCUGGACCAUGGUCGCUGCCUUUGGCGUCACGUCGCUUGCAGCGGCGAUUGUCGAGUCACUCCCGGUCAGCACGCUCUUGGACGAUAACCUGACGACUCCAAUCGCGUCGGCGCUCGUCGGCAGCCUGGUUUUCUACUAUGUUGGUGGUGGUGGCGGUGCCGGAAGCGGCGACGGGACCAGCAUCUCGGCGACUGCUGCGAUGGUCUUUGCAGGCAGUAGCUAUUACAGUGAGGGCUAA